GUGCUUAUACACUCCCUCUCUAGAACAGAGAAUAGAGAGAGAGAGAUAGGGAGAGAGAGAGAGAGAGAGAGAGAGAGAGAGUUGCUGUAGUGUCUGAAUCCGGUUCGUGUUUUGCUGUGUGCUCGAGGGCGUUCGUGAGGGUGUCAGUCGUGCCAAAUCCUGGGAGAGUGUGGAGAGACAAGCGACUACUAAAGUUAAGCGACGAUAAUGGAUGACCCAGAAGACAUGAGAUGAGACAAAGGUGUGAUCUGUGUGAGAUGCGCCUGUGAUGGAAGGGGAACAUUUACUGGAUCUGGGUCACCUAACCGAGGUGGAGCAAACUAUUAUUCUCAAUGUGCUGCUGAGAGAUUCUGAACUGCGCAGCAAAGAUGAAAGCAGAAUGCGUACACUACAGCAAACUGAGUCAGACCCAGUCCGUCUGCGUACACUCUCAGGGGCGUGGUUCAAUGAGCAGCGCUCAAAACGAUAUCAGAAGGGAGGUGCUGAUGUUGUGAAUGCCUCUAUACGCCGUAAGAAACGUGAAAAAGAUGUACCUCUGAUGGCAAUAUUUGAUAGAGGUAUUACCCCCUCUGCUCAAUUACCUGAGCAGCAAGAAGAACCAAUAAGAACAGAGGAAGAAGGGAAGGAAAAUAUAAGUGUCGCAGAACAUGGCACGAGUCAGGAAGAAAAAGAAAGACAAAAGGAAGAUGAGGAAAGUCCCAUUCACAGAGUUCCUCCUGAACCCCUACCCAGGACAAAACUCAAAAUCGCCAAGAAAAUAGAAAUGAAUGGCGUUUCAAGUGUUGAAGGAAGUAUUGUGCAGUCAGAGGAUACGGACAGCAGAACUCUGUCUAGCGCAUCACCAUCAAUGAAGGUCGACUCGGAGGGAGACAUUAACUCCGGCAGUACUGAACUCGAUAACACUAGAUUCGACUCAGUCACCAGCUUGAGCUCCCAUCAAAUGAUGAAUGGCAGCUUGAUGAGCCUGUACAGCGUGGGGGAUUUCGGGGAUGUUGUAGUGUCAGGACGGAUCCAGUUCUCGCUGAAGUAUGAUUUCAAGAGGGAGGAGCUUCAUGUCCAUAUAAUGCGCUGUCAAGAUCUUGCGCCGGCCCGCAAAAAACAUUCAGACCCGUAUGUAAAAGUUUACCUACUCCCUGACAACACAUCUCACAGUAAGAGAAAAACAUCAGUGAAGAGAAAAACAUUAAAUCCAAUCUAUGAUGAAACCAUGAAAUACAAUGUCCGCAGGCUGGAUCUUCAAGCUCGUGUGCUGAGUAUUUCAGUCUGGCACACGGAGAGGAUGAGAAGAAACCUCUUCCUGGGUGAGGUGGAAGUGAGGCUGGGCCAGUGGGACUGGAGCCAGAUCCAACCAGCCUGGUACACCCUCCAACCAAGAAUUCAAAUAAGUCCAGACGCCAUUAUGAGUCGAGGGACCAUUCUCUUCUCGGUUAAGUUUAUACCUUCUGGAUCCGAGGGAGAUGGCUACCCAUUGACUGGUGAGCUCCACAUUUGGUUGAGAGAGAUCGUCGGUCUCCUUCCUACAAAACGUUGUGCGCCCAUUACAUAUGUGAAAAGUGUGGUAUUGCCAGAUGAAAGUGGUGUCAGUGGGCAACAGACUCGUGUGGUACGAGGGUCCGUUAACCCACAGUUCAACCACACCAUGGUUUAUGAUGGGUUUCAGUCCAGUGACCUCUUUCAGGCAUGUGCAGAAAUAAUGGUCUGGAGCUCACAGCCAUCUACCUGUCUUGGUGGAGUACGACUCAGUACUGGCUCAGGUGUGAGUUACGGUCAGUCUGUUUGUUGGAUGGACUCUACUGAGGAAGAAAUCAACGUAUGGUUGAAUAUUAUUCAGAGUCCCAACAGCUGGGUUGAAUCGAGUCUGCCAAUCAGGACCAAUUUACAGCUGUGCUCUGAGUAAAGUGUGUUUAACAUGUGCAUAUUUGACCUGUGACAUUGUUGUGUAACAAUCAGAGUAAUUAAUCAUUUCUACUGACAGAUGAGAAACCCAGAGCAGUUACAUCUUUACUAGAAAACUCAUUCUUUUAACAAAACGAAAGUAGACAUAGUAAAGUAGAGGGUGUUGAGUUUAAAACAACGAAAUAUUUUGUACAAGUGGAUUUGUUUAAAACUGACCUUCAUACAUUUCAUUGGGUAUUUCAGUGCUGGUGAAUAAUAGUGACAAAUUGAUUGUGUUGUUGGGGUGUCCGAGAGUUUCUUUGUACACUGUCAUAAAAAUCUUAAUAGAAAUAGAAUGAGGAUUUUUUUAUAGUUUACUCAAAAUGUACUGUAUGACUUUCUUCCACAGAACACAAAAGAAAAUAUUUUGAAGAAUGUUGUUAAUUGAAUAUCCAUACAAUAGAAGUGAAUGGUGGCCAGUGUUGUUCGGUUACCGACUUUCGUCCAAAUAAUUUAUUUUGUGUUCUGCAGAAGAAAGAUAGUCAUAAAGGUUUGAAGUGACAAGAGGGCGAGUAAAUAAUGACAGAACUAGUGAACCUUCACUUUAAACAGGUUAGAACUGGUUCAUUUUUUUGUCAUACCGGGUCUUCAUACCGGGUUGUCUCUCUUUCUUAACAUGAUUUUGCAAAAUGAUGAUUUACACUUAACUUUGUGUUUUGUAGCUGGUCUUGUUUUGUAACAGCGCUCUGGGUGACAUUGCUGGCCAAGCCCCACACGUAAACAAUACAGAAUAAAACUUAUAUAAUAAAAUACCACUUAAUUAAUAAAUACACAGAGUAUUUUUACAAGAAACUGCUACGUAUUAAAUGUUGAUGUUGUCAAAUUUUUGUGCUGUCAGACUUUUCAAUAAACACUGAAUUAUCCAUAAAUAUUGCCAUAAAUAUCUUAGUACAAAUUUUUACUUCAAUAUUAAAGAUAUAUAAAAAGGUUAAACAAGUAACAACAUGUCAGAUAAUUAUGGCAAAUCGUGCAGGUCAUCUCAAGUUGCAAACAUUUCUGCAAUGUUACUACUGAGCUCUCAUUUCACAACACUUUCUUGACGAACGAUCUUUUCUUUGCGCGCGCGCUAUUGUUAACAUAUCUGCCUAUAUUUAUUAAAGCUACUUAAAAAAAACUCUUUGUUCUAGUUAAAAUGAAGCAUAAAUCUCUUUAGAUUGCAGUUUUAAAUACCACAAUAAAGGA